CCCUCCCGCGGCGGCUGCUUUGCUCCCGGUUCAGUCGUCCCCAUCCUCGCCGGGCUUUGCCUCAGCGCCGGGAGCUGCGCCUGUGAGUGUGGGGAGGGGCGGGGCCGGGCUGGGCUGUGCUUCUGUGGGAGGAUGGGGGGGGAGGGGGGAACACGGGGCUGUGAGCGGCCGGAGCCUGCCCUGGCCGGGCCCCCUGUGGGACCGGGGCUGGGGGAUGCCAGGGUCCCGUUUGGGGUUCUGUGGGAGGGCGGCAGGUGCGGGGCCCGGCCCUCAACUCGGGCAGGGGCUGUGUGGGGCGGGGUGCUGCUCCUGCGGAUGGCAGCUCCUGCUGCCCCUCGGUGCAGGAGGGCCGGGCUGGGGCCAGGAGCAGUAUGCAGGCGCUGGGCACUUGGGGGCAGCGCGUGGAGCGGUGCAGUCGUGUCCAGCAUCCUUGCUGAAUCAUUGCGAUCUGAGGGUGAGAUUUCCUACCGUGCGCUCCUCUGGGAUGGAAAGCGGCUGUUCCUGGCUCCUCCUGCGGGCCUGGACGUGAAGGGAGGACUCUUGUCACCGUCCUGCUGCUUGGUCCCUGUGUCAGCCCUCUUGGCUGCACAGGAUGCUCUGUGCUCCUGACACCUGCCUUCAUCUGGCACUGCUUGGAGAUGUUUCCCUAUGCAGACAGCUGCCUGCUGGUGCCAUAGAACAAGAUAUGUGGGUAAAACCAACUACUGACACUAUGCAGAGCAUCUGUGUGGCUCCAGCAGUGCAGGGUGAGCAGGAGUAGGGCAGGUGCAGUUGCAGUCUUUGGACUCUUGUGUGAGGAGGGUCAAAUGGUGAUAGUGAUGUGGGGUUUUCAAGCAUCUGUCAGAUGGAUGGAUGCUUCUGAACCCAGACCCAAACUGGGAUGUUGUAGAGCUCCUCAGCUGUGGGAAGGAAACUUUCAGAGCUUGGAAUUCAUAGUGAAGCAAUUAGGCAUAAAGGAGUGAGAAUGCUGAGUUGCCACUGUUAGUAUUUUGUUCUCUUGCCUGAGGUGAAGACUGAAAUAUUAACCAAAAGAAACAGAGAAAGUAAGGAGAAGUUACGUUCUAAUAAACUGUGUUAAUGAUUGUAAACUUGAGGUGCAUAGGUGAGGGAUUCAUCCUUCAGCAAUGCCAAGCUGUGGUAUAAACAGAAGUUUUGGUAACUGGUGGUUUCCAUAACACAGCUCGUUGCUUGGCGUAGCUCAGCACUGUAUGGCCUUGGGUUUGCUCUGCAGACUGUUGACUUGCUCUGCAUUUCUAUGGAGGACAGCCAUUAAUUACGCUAGCUAAGUUAUUGACAAUUCAGGUGAGUCACUGGUGAUGAUUUACAAUACAAACUUGUCUUCAGAUUUCAAGACUGGCUCAGGAUUACAGAGGCUGUCCAUUUACAGAGUAGCUGCUAAGAGCAGGAGUUUCAUUUUCUCAUCUUUGGAGAUCCAAAUGUCAGAGGCAGUGAGCUCACUAAGUGGGAGAGUAGCUUGAACCACAGGUAUUUGUCUGUAUAAAUACCAGGCUACCUUAUUAGAAGUCCUGUCAACUUUAUACUGACCUUGAAGUCUUCAGUACCUAUUGAGACUAAACAGUUUGUGUAGACAAUAAACAGUUUGUGUCCUUCACUUUAGGCAGGGUAGCUGAAAAGCGUUCAGAGCAGAUCAGAUGAUGUGUGCCUUUUGACUUGUGACUGCUAGGUGUGUUUCUGCUCCUCCUUCAUCUGACUGCGUGGGAUGGUACAACCGCUGUGGUUUUGUCCAGGUGCAGUGUGUGCAGUGUGUGCCCUUGGCCAGGUGCUUUGCAUGCAGUCCCAGCAGUGCGAACACUUGGCAGUGCUGCUGGCAUCCCCCGGCUCUGUCCUGGAUGUGUGUGUGUCUGUUCAGAGAUGCAGACGUUCAGCCGGCUCUCCUUUGCUUUCUUUGAAUUUCUGCUUGCAAAAUGGUUGCACGUUAGUAGCAACCUGGGAGGAGAAGCCGUGCUGAAGUUAGUGGGAGUACCUGUUGCAGUAACAUGGCUAGUAAAUAGCCUUGUAAUCUUCUGAGUCAUAAAAUAUUAAGUAACAGUGAGUGUUUUAUAAAUGCAGGUAUCCAAUUUGGUGUAUUUAUUACAAAAUGAUGACUUCAGUGUUUUUCUUAGAAGGUACCUGUCUCUUAUUGUUCCUUCCUAGUUCUGGAUGUACUUGGGCUAUGGUGGCAGCUCUGGCAACCGUGUUAAUGCUGUAGAUCUCCCCACUGACAGGAAAAGCUUGGUGAAAGCAGGACUGGAUGUGACUCCAUUGGUGCGCUUGUGUUCUCACCAGGGAAUGAUGUCCUGUUUGGCUUAACUGGUGUCAGAAGUUGGUCUGGCCGAGAAUUGUUUUAGGCGAGCAUUUCUUAAUGGCUUUUAAAGGCAGUUUGUCUUGGGAUGCAUCUGCACGUCACCUGUUCUUUACUGCCUGGACACAAGUAGCUGUGCAGGUGAGGUUCUGUACCUGGGUGGUGCAUGCUGUGUGACACGGACUGGUGCUGGCUCGAGGCUGGCUGUCCUGGAGUACAGAUGGAGUGAGGUUCUGUGUGCCCCUGCAUCACCAACUUUCAUUCAGGAAGAAUUUGGAGCAUUGUUGAAAGUCAAAUUGUGAAGGGCCCGUUUCCCCACCCUUGUUAUGAUGUGGUUUGCUAGUCCUUAUCUCUGGUUGUACCUGAACAGUGCUAUUUUUGCCUUUGAAGUUGUCUGGAAGUUUGGUGCUGCCAGGCUGGUGAGGGAAGCAGCAGGUAGCUGUGAUCCCAUCCUGGUGUUUUGGGAUGGCCUCUUCGUAGCGUCUGUGUGCACUCUGUCUCUUGCUGCACUGAGAGCUUGGCCGGGUAGGUCUGUGUAGGAGUCUGGGCUCUUACACAAAGGUCAGUGAGACUUCUUGCUGCCACUUCUGUGUUGAGGGCUGGGUUUGUUUCUGCUAAUUGCCCUCGUAAAUUAUUCACUGUGCUGCUACAUAGCAGUGCUGUGAUCAAAGAUGAGUUCAUGCCAUCAAAUGGACAGGCAAUGUACUCUGUUUCUUCCACUGAACAGGCAUGGAGGGGGGGGGGGGAAGUCUAGAUGAAUCUGUACUGGGGACUUAGAUAUUGGCCAGAAUAACAAAGUGUCAUUCCAUGUGUUUAAGUAACUGAUGGGCAUCUACCUAUCCUUGGAAUAUUCUGAGUGUAAAGAUCCAGUUAAGUUUAUAAAAAGACUGCUGAUCUCUUCUAUUGUGAUUGCCAGUGACAUUGCUGGCCAGCUGCAUUAUUUCCUCUUCAAGUGAAUGUUUUUCUUGCAUGUCAGAACCCUAGGCAGUCUCUCCAGUGGUUUUCAUGUGUCUGCAUGCUAUCCUGGUGCUGUACUUGAGCAGGGGGACAGCUGCAAGUACCUGUUCCUUAAGCAAAAAAAAACCCACAAAACAACUGGAAUCGGACGGAUCUCAACUACUGGUAACAGUUGAUGAGCUGUACUUGACUGACAAUUCAAAAUAGAGAAAACCUGAAUGGCUUCACUUCUUGAUUUCUCAGCAGUUACAAAAAUAAUUACAGAUGUUGGCAAAAGAGGUAGCAUUCCAGGUUUAUCUGCUGUUAGGGGGUGUGUGAUUUAAUAUACUUUCUUCAGGCAUGCUGCAUCUCUCAUCUGUGAAAGUAAGAUCCUGGUAUGACUCGUUCUGUGUCUUAAUUCCAUAGGCUUCUGUUGUCUGACCUCACAAUUUUCAUACUGGGAUUUUAUGUUUUCUUCCCUUAAUCCAUCUCGGGUACCACUGAGGCUGUGCUCACGCAGCUGGCCCCCAGGGGCCUGGCUUCUGGGAGCUGCUGAGCUCUGGCUUUGGCUUUGGGCAGGAUAGCAGAGCCCGGAGAUGGAUCUGUUGCGUUGCUCUCUGGUGAAUGAUACCAACCUUGUUUGCUAGGAACGAGAAGGAAGAGUCAUUUUUUGGCUGGGAAUUAGCUGUGAACCAGUGUUUGAGAAAGCAGUACUCUGUCUUGGCUAAAUCUUCCAGCUCCUUUUAGCUGAGUGAUGGUGCGUUGAAGUUUGUCAGUACUGAGGCUGGGAGCAGAAGCCUCAGUCGCUGUGUUGCCUUUAAGAUGUAAAAAUAAACAAAACUGCGAAGCUGCACCCUACUUAAAACAGGCUGACCUAAAUUUCCAGCAGUUGUAGCAGAGAUGCAGAUUCUGGGUAGGGAACACAGGCUUGCUGCCUUCUCCAUCCAUGGGCAGCAGGGCACCUUUGGAAGGCCUCCACUGUGCUGGGGGUCACUCGUGCCUUUUUCCCCUCGGGUUGCAUAAGCUGGGCUGUGGGUUUCCCUUGCUAUGCUUGUGUGGAGCCCGUGCCCUUGUUAUGCAAGCCGGCGGUUCCGCGUCUUCUGGGAAGUUACAGCAUGAUCUGCUCAGAUUGCUUUUGUUGGAGCGUGGUUGAAAGCGUGUUUGCUGUCCUCUUGCUCGUCCCUAAAGAGGUCUCUUUCGAGAGAGCGGAGCUAAUAGGAGGUGAACUGCAUAUCCUUUCAAUAACCUUCUGUUCAACUUGGAGUACCGUGGUUCAGCAACUGAACAGAUGGAUAAUGGAGACUGGGGCUAUAUGAUGACUGAUCCAGUCACGCUAAAUGUGGGUGGACACAUGUAUACGACAUCCCUCACAACUCUCACGAGAUAUCCUGACUCAAUGCUUGGGGCCAUGUUCAGGGGAGACUUCCCCACUGCCAGGGACUCUCAGGGCAAUUACUUCAUUGACAGAGAUGGACCACUUUUCCGUUACGUUCUUAACUUCUUAAGGACCUCAGAGCUAACUUUGCCACUGGACUUCAAGGAGUUUGACCUACUUCGGAAGGAAGCGGACUUCUAUCAGAUUGAACCGCUGAUUCAGUGUCUCAAUGAUCCCAAGCCUCUGUAUCCUGUGGAUACCUUUGAGGAAGUGGUGGAGCUGUCCAGCACCCGCAAGCUGUCAAAGUACUCCAACCCGGUGGCUGUGAUCAUCACACAGCUCACCAUCACAACGAAAGUCCAUUCGUUACUGGAAGGCAUUUCAAACCACUUCACGAAGUGGAAUAAGCAUAUGAUGGACACCAGGGACUGCCAGGUUUCCUUCACUUUUGGGCCAUGCGAUUACCACCAGGAAGUGUCGCUCAGAGUGCAUCUUAUGGAGUACAUCACAAAGCAAGGCUUCACGAUCAGGAAUACCAGAGUUCAUCAUAUGAGUGAGCGUGCCAAUGAAAACACAGUGGAGCACAACUGGACUUUUUGUAGACUGGCACGGAAAACAGAUGACUGAUUCUGACUCCUCAGGAGCCAUUUCAGUUAUUAGUGACUUAAUUGAACAGUAAAGCCAAGAGAGUCUGGAUUUUUUGGCUAAAGUAACAAUGUGGGCUUUUUUUUUUAAAUAUAUAUACGAGUAUUUAUUGUUUAUCAUUAAGGACUGGAGAAGUUUCAUUCUCUAGCACUUCUGUCCUUUCGUCCUAUCCGGAAUAAAAACAUGCAUGUGCCUGUUCAGUCAAGACACCUUUUUGUUUGAAAGAGGGAGUCCGAAGAAUUAGUACAGUAGGGUAUUUUGUGUCAUUAACACAAUUCUGACACAACUUAAAGUGCUAAAAUUACCUCAGUUUAAAUGGUUUCUAAUCCAUCUAAUGCUAUGCCACUGGGAGCAAGAAACAAACGGAAUUUAAGAGGCAGAUGGCAAAAAGCUGCUAUCACAUAGACUAAUUUAGCUUCUAAAUCAAUAAACAGUAUUGUAAUAUUCUAGGAAAAAAAAUCCCACCCUUUAAAAGUACUUGAUAAGUACAGUUUCUUACAGUUAUGACAACUGUUUCUUUCUAUGCAUAUAAAUCAAGCAACCAAAUACUAUCUGUAGCCAUGGAAAUAUGAUUAGAAAUAUUUAUAUUGGAUUCUGAAUGCAAAAUGUCCCUGUGGUAGAAUUCAUAUUUUUAAUGCCUGGUGCAAUAUUAUUCCCAAGUGUAAUGCCUGCCAGCAAGAAGCUAAUAAAAAUGUGAAAUAUAGAA